UACGUCGGCUGUAAGAAGCCGUCGCACAUAUACAUGCGUAACGUACGUAUUUAAAUAUGAUGUAGCCGAUAGGCAGUGGCCGGACAGGCGGUGAAGAGAGCUCGCUGACGGACUGUGCGUAAUGCUGAGUGGACAGCAGUAUUUCUCGCCCAGUGUUCCAGCCUAGACGGGCUCCUGACAGCAGCUUCGCAUUUCCUCUGCAGUGCAGCUCGUCACCAGAGCCCGAUGCGCUCCGCCGGACCGAGCCCGUUCACUUUGAUGCCGUCCAAGCCGAGCGGAGCCUGAGCCGAAGGAUGCAGGUGAAAAACCAGAUCUGCACCGAGCGCAGCAGCACCGACGACCCGGAGCAGGAUGACAACCAGAAGAAGACCUCGUGCUUCUCCAACAUCAAGAUCUUCCUGGUGUCGGAGUGCGCGCUCAUGUUGGCUCAGGGCACGGUGGGAGCCUAUCUGGUAAGUGUUCUAACCACUCUGGAGAGACGCUUCAACCUGCAGAGUGCCGAUGUGGGCGUCAUCGCCAGCAGCUUUGAGAUCGGUAACCUGGCGCUCAUCCUGUUUGUCAGCUACUUUGGCGCCAAGGCCCACAGGCCCCGCCUCAUUGGCUGCGGUGGUAUCGUCAUGGCUCUUGGGGCGUUGCUGUCAGCCCUGCCGGAGUUCCUGACCCAUCAGUACGAGUAUGAGGCCGGUGACUCCUGGCACGCCGAGGACGGCAGGGACAUCUGCUCCAACAACUCCAGGUCAGAAAACCGAGACUCUGGGUUUAAAUGUGGCAACCGAGCCAACACCAACAUGAUGUACCUCCUGCUGAUCGGAGCCCAGGUUCUGCUGGGCAUCGGAGCCACACCUGUCCAGCCUCUGGGAGUGUCCUACAUCGACGACCAUGUCCACAGGAAGGACUCCUCACUGUACAUAG